ACCUCCUCUUUCAUCCUCCUCCCCUCUCCUCUCCUCCCCGCUCCCGCCUGCCCCACCCCUGGGAAGCCCCUCCCGUCGGGCAGCGCCGCCUUAUAAGCGGGUUCCCUGGCCGGGGGCGGCAGCGGCUGGUCGGCGGCAGCUCUGCUGGUCUGCGGGGGCGGCCGAAGCGGCAGGACCCAGCGAGCGAUCGCGGCCGGAGCGCGCCGGCCACCGCCCGCACCGCCCUCCGGACGGCCGCAGCCCUGCGGGUCUCCGCUCCAGACCCACCUCCGCCCCACCCCGCGCGCCUCUGCCGCCUCUUCCAGAGAGCCAGCUCGCCGAGCGGCCGCCGCUGCCGCUGCCGCCGCCGCUACCGCGCCAGAUUCCGGCCGCGGCCACCCUCCGCCGUCCAGGGCUCCUCCGUCUCGGCCCCGGGACCUCGGCUUCCCGCCAGCCCCGGCCCCGGCACCAUGUCGGAGAAGAGCGUGGAGGCAGCGGCCGAGUUGAGCGCCAAGGACUUAAAGGAGAAAAAGGAGAAGGUGGAGGAGAAGGCCAGCCGGAAAGAGCGGAAGAAAGAGGUGGUGGAGGAAGAGGAGAACGGAGCUGAGGAAGAGGAGGAAGAAGCAGCUGAGGAUGGAGAAGAAGAGGAUGAAGGGGAAGAAGAAGAUGAGGAAGAAGAAGAGGAGGAUGACGAAGGGCCCGCGCUGAAGAGAGCUGCCGAAGAGGAGGAUGAAGCGGAUCCCAAGCGGCAGAAGACAGAAAAUGGGGCGUCGGCAUGAGCCCCACCUGCCAGUGGCUGGGGCAGGAGACCCUUGGCGGGGAGCUGGAGAGGGCUGGGGACAGCAAGUGCAGCAACCACUCUUUGCCGGGCUCCCUGCCCUGGGCGCCAUGCCAGAGCUACCCCCCUCUCCCUUCUCCCCGGCUUUCUCAUUUCCCCUUCUCCAUCACUGUCCCCUUCCACCUUCACUCUGCCAUGGUUCUCCAUCCAUCUCAGCUCCCAGCUGGUCCCCAGUGCGCCUUGCUUGCCCCUCCCUUCUCCUCCUCCUCCCCUUCCUCUUCCUCUUCUCUCUCCCAGCCCUCUGGUGGCCUCCUCUUCCUUACCACUGCACACGCACGCACACACACACACACACACACCACACACCCCAGCCUCAUGUCCCACCACAUCCAUCCCUCUCCUGCCUGACCCCUGGCUCUUCCCUCAAAGCCCCUUCUCUCAGACAGCGCCAGGCCGGGGUGGGCCGGGGUUUGGGGCCAAGCCCCACAGCUGCCCCCCUCCCCUCCCCUUUUUGUAUAAUUUAAUAAAGAAACGGUCGCGCUUCUGUUUUU